GCUCAGAUGAAGGACUAUCAGAGGGAGCUGGAGGAGGCCAGAGCCUCCAGGGAUGAGAUCUUCACCCAGUCCAAGGAGAACGAGAAGAAACUCAAGAGCCUAGAGGCAGAAAUCCUACAGCUACAGGAGGACCAUGCAGCGUCCGAGAGGGCCCGCAGACAUGCUGAACAGGAGAGGGACGAGCUGGCUGAUGAGAUCUCCAACAGUGCUUCUGGAAAGUCGUCAUUGCUGGAAGAGAAGAGGAGGCUGGAGGCUCGUAUCGCCCAGCUGGAGGAGGAGCUGGAGGAGGAGCAGGGCAACAUGGAGCUGCUCAAUGACCGUUUAAGAAAGACCAACAUCCAGGUUGACAACCUGAACACAGAGUUGGCCGGGGAACGCAGCACUGCACAGAAGAGUGAGAACGCUCGGCAACAGAUGGAGCGGCAGAACAAGGAUUUGAAAGCCAAGCUGGCAGAGCUGGAGGGGACGGUCAAGUCAAAGUUCAAGGCGUCCAUCACUGCCCUGGAGGCCAAGAUCCUGCAGCUGGAGGAGCAGCUGGAGCAGGAAGGAAAGGAGAGAGCAGCAGCCAACAAGAUCGUCCGUCGUACAGAAAAGAAACUGAAGGAGGUGAUGAUGCAGGUGGAGGAUGAGCGUCGUCACGCUGACCAGUACAAGGAGCAGAUGGAGAAAGCCAACUCUCGUAUGAAGCAGCUGAAGCGUCAGCUGGAGGAGGCGGAGGAGGAGGCCACCAGGGCCAACGCCACCCGCAGGAAGCUGCAAAGAGAGCUGGACGAUGCCACCGAGGCCAGCGAGGGUCUCACCCGGGAGGUCAACUCACUCAAGAACCGCCUCAGGCGCGGCGGUCCAGUCAGCAGCUUCUCCUCCAGCCGCUCGGGCCGCCGCAACCUCAAUCUGGACGGUGCCUCUGUCGAUAUGUCAGACGAUGACGCCGACAGCCGUGCAGGCGACUUCAACGAGACGCAAACCGCCAACGCCGAGUAAACACAACAACCCUCCUUCCUCGCUCAUCCCGUUCCCCUUCCCCUUCCCUUCGCCACUACCAACCUCACCUCCACCUCACCCACCUGUGGCCUAGUUUCACCCCAAAAGAAGCUCGACGUCACCAUCGUCUUUAUUCAUUUCAAACCACUGACUGGACAGAAGAUUGGAGCGAUGAGCUGUUUUUGGUAACACUGGGCGGAGUGCGCCUGGCAGCCCCUUUUUGUAUCAGUCACACUGCAGGGAAACUCCACCGCCCUCCCCUGAAGUCAGACCUCCAGUCCUGGAGAGUCACAGGGGCAAACAGACAAUUCUGCCUUACUCUGUUCUCCUCCGGCAAGCUGCUAGUCUUGGCUCGUCUCCCGGCCACGUAUCAUCUCAGCGUCAUGACGUCACACUCUCCCUCCCAUCAGGCGUGAAGUUAUCUGCUCAGCUUAUUGAGAAAGUAUGCAUAGGUGCAAUGUGCUUUUUAUACAUAUGAGACUGGAGGUGGCGGCUGUGAAGUGUACACACAUCAAGUUUGUAACGUAUGUGAACGCACCCCCAAACUGGAAAUGCAGGACUACAAGGAAUCGUGUUUCACUCCAGUGUUGUUACAAGUGUUCUUGCUCACUAGUUGUGUAAAAGCCAUCUCAUACCCCGACACACUCCAAAGGUCACCGUGGCCUCCGGAGCGCCAUGCCGGCUGCUUCAGUUGCAUGAGUCUCCCUCUGAUGUACAGACUGUCUGUCAGCUUCGACACCGCAGCACUACAGGAACAACCAACAUCUUGGGACACUCAGUAGAAGAACAUGGACUCUGAAUUGAAAGUGUUUUACUGUGAAAACAUUUUAUUUUCUCUGUUGCUUCAUCUCAACAUUAUACGAAAGAAUGUCUUGCUGGGUUUUAACUUGGAAUCUCACGGCUCUGUAUUGUUGGCCGUCUGUGCUCUGCUGUGGGUCGGCGUGAGCUGCGGGCGAUGCAAAACAGCUGGAAAAUGCACAGAACUGCACAGGCAGAUGAUUGAAUUUUUAACUGGAAACCAACGGGGGAGAAAUUAAGCUCUCACUGGAAGUACUAAAUGGUUAAACGUAGUUUGAUUAGAAAUGAAGACAGAUUGAAAAUACUCACUACAUUUCAGUGUUUGUGCCAGGCCCCAGUUUGUGUUAUUACUACCUUUGAAUCACAGCAUCAGUUUCGCAAAAAUAAAUAUCUGCCAGUCUACGGAAACCCAAACAACACUUACUGCUGAUCUGAAGUCGAGCUGCACGGAAUGAGGAAAAUAUGCAAUACCCACUUAAGGUUGUUGAAUACUGCAAUGAUAUUACUUGCAAUUAACAGCUAUUAAAGUGUGCCCAGUUUCCUGCUGCUUUCAGUACACUGCAAAAAUAAAACAUCGCUUGUGACUGAAAGGAAAUAGUUUCCAACAUUAUUCUCUUGAACAAACUGAACUAGUGUUAUCACAAACCUGGAAUUUCAAACUUUGAUACAACACAAUGAGGGCAUCAAAUUUAAAUAAGAGCAAGAAAGCACAGCUGGUACCGGUGUAUCGAUACUGUAGAAAAUGAGUAUUAAAACCGUUUAAAAAUAUUCAGGAUCAGUAUGUAUCAACACUACACUGAACAAUGCAGCAAAAAGGUAUGAUAGUUACAUUUCUACUGAUAUUCUAAAUAUCAGUAUAUCUAAUAUCAAAAAUCCCACAGUGUAAUAUCGCAGUGUCUGGUGAUGUGUUUAUUUCAUAGUUGACAUUGCAAUGUUUAAAGAUAAAGAAACUGUGAAGCCCAACUCUGAAGGCAUUUUUAAAAUCCUUUAAGACUCCACUAUCUGGAUGAAAAAAAAAAAAAUCAGCCAGCAUGGACAAAAAGUUCCUCAGUGUUCAGAAAAAAAAGAUAUUUUAACAUUUACUUCAACAGGUGGUGUUUUUUUUUUAAACUCAUUUACUAAGUUAUUUUCUUUAUCAAUUCAUAAUGAUAGUAGACAUGAAGGAAAUUAUGAACUUUUUUAUAUAACAAUAAUCAUUUUAAUUAGAUUUACUCAUAAUUAUAUCAUAUUUUUCAAUUAAUGUUAAUAAUUUUCUUGUUAAGUACAAACAAGCAUGGAGAUUUUGUCCAUUUGUGGCUACCUAAAGAGGAAUUUUGGAAACAAGUUUAAAACAAACCAAAACACCACAUUGAUUUGGAUUCCGUCCAUCAUGAAUCUGACAGCGUUACAGUUGGACUCCACAGAUUUAGCAAUUUUUGUAGGGACUUUUGAUCCACGCCGGCUAAAAAAGUCAAAAGACAGAAAAAUGUUUAUUGUAAUGUUUUUCAGAGGUGGUUAGGAUUUUACCUUCAGAGCAGCAGUAAGUGUUAAAGUGUUUUUUAAAGAUUGCUCUGCAUUCAUUUUUCAGCUCUGUGACUCAAAUGUAACAUGAUAGAUAAACUCGGGCCGGUUUGUGCCAUGGUUUCAUGAGUUGAAGCCCGAAUCGUCAGACUACGACAGUCUGACCUGAUCAAGCACUUAGUAUUCACGGGUGUCUGAAAUUAAGGUUUUGUCCUUUCCUUGCAGCUUAAGCCCAGGUUUAGUGACGUUAAGUCAGGCUCUGCUCUAAAUACAGCAGCCAUCUCAACAGCUAAACAGUGCGAAAAGCAACAUGUCACAGAGCCCAUAUAUCCAUCCAUCUAUUCUCAUCCAGUCUUUUUCUUUGUCAGCGGAUCUGCAGAUUAGGAUGGUUGUCUACGACAGACUUCUUUGCCCUCCUCCUAAAUAUUAACAGUAUGUUUCUUUAAAAGUGCCUUAGACACUAAAUAAGAACAUAAGCAGGCAAGGAUUUCAUUUCAGGUGUGAAAACCAGAUGAAACAGGUACACCAAGGAGAUAUUCAACACUUAACCUUUUUUUUUUCUUUGUUUUGUAUUUUUUGCUGUGCUUCAUUACAUAUCCGCUGUGUACCUCCAUGUUCAUAAUAACCUCCUAGCUAGAGUGUUUGGGUCAAAAUCAGUAUUACAGUGUCAUAAACUACGUGACAAGCGGAGCCCUCGGCAGCUGCACUUCCCAACAUUAUUUUUGUACUGAGAUAUUCUGUGUAAUCGCUCACAGGUGUGAAGGCUUAGUACUGAAGUUAUUUUUGGGAAUCGAUGCUCUGCACAGGAUUUCAUUUGGUUGGAAGCUUUAACAUCCACAUGUAGUUAACUCGUUUUUAUUUUAUUAUUAUUAUCCAGCUGGCCGUUGACAACCAGGCAUUCAACUGCAAAUACUCUCAUCAUAUUGUUUCUUGUAUACCUGUAUUUCUAGACCGUAAUUUUUUUGUUUUGUUUGUUUUUGUAAAAGGAAAAUAAAGCAUAUUCAUUGUA